AUGGGUUUAACCCAUGUUACUACUAGCGCGAUUGGCCGCAACGAUCGUCCGCGCAUCGAGCCGCCGGCCGCAACACGUCAUCGGAAUGCGGCCGACGAGUGGGGCGAGCGGAUGCAUUUUUCAGAAGACAUGUGGGAAAAGCCUCGUGCAGAUGGAAAGCGGAAAUUGAAGCACAAUGCAGUACCAACAAUGUUUUUGCCACAAAAAAAUAGCACCUCAGCAGAAAUUAAAGCAACUCAAUCAAUGUUAAAUAUUUCUCCGGAUAGAACAUAUUGUCAACUAGAAAAGAAUCAGUUUGACUCAAAUAAUUUAAAUACAUUCAUCAAAACAGAUUCUAAAAUAGAGUCUACUAUUAAUAGUACUUUAGAACAACCAGCACUGCUAAAAAAUACCUUCGAACAGUUUACAGAAGUGGAAGUAGAAUCAACAACACAAAGCACAUCAGAAUUAUCUGAUGAGAUGAAAAAUAGUCUUAUUAAAAAACUAAAAGAAGCUGAAUCAAACGCUCGACAAGCUAAAUUAGAGGCAGAAGAAACUAACCAAAAACUUCAACAAGCAAAUGUAGUUCUCUGUAGAAUGAACAAAUCCAGACAAAUGCUGAAAAAACACAUAAGAAGAUUGAUUGAUGAAAAGAAGAAGGUUGCAGAAGAUAACUUAAAACUAAAAUUAUUAGUCAAAUCAAAAAACAUAUUUAACGACGAUCAAAUCCAAGUUCUCGCUGGUCGAAAAUCACGCAAUAGCAAAUGGUCAAAUAGCACAAUUAUGAAAGCUCUUCGAUUAAAGUUUUCAUGUGGAAGUAGCGGUUAUAACAAAUUAUUUAACAAAUUAUUUCAACAAAUUCCUUUGCCAUCAGAACGUACUUUGCGAAGAAAAAAAGAGGGUGUCGAUUUUCAGGAAGGAAUAUUAGAUGAAGUAUUCGAUAUUUUGCAAAAGCAGGUAUCUCGAUUCAAAGAUGCUCACGAGAAAGAUGCCGCAAUAGCUCUUGAUGAAAUGAGUUUGGUUUUUGAUGAACAGUUUGAUCCAUCUACUCACUCACGUACUGGUUAUGCUAGUAUUCCUGACAGUUGUG